AUGGCCAACAUGCAAAUUGUCCCAGCUUACAAGAAUAUUGUGGAGGCACAGUACGUUGAAAUGAUGGUUCCUUUGUAUUCUUUUGGAUGCGAGAAGAAAAUCAAGAAAACCUUAUCCACUCUUAAAGGCAUAUACUCUAUAAAUGUGGAUUACUAUCAACAAAAGGUGACUGUGUGGGGAAUUUGCAACAAAUAUGAUGUGCUAGAAACCGUGAGAAGCAAGAGAAAAGAGGCUCAUUUUUGGAACCACGAAGACAACGUUGAAUUAGAGAGUUCACAAUCAUCCUCAUCCCCACCAACUCCUCCACCACCCUUCCCUCACAAGGAUUUUAAGCCUUCUUUAUCUUUGACUAAGGUUAGGUCUCUAAGUUUGAAAGCAUGGAAGAGGGUCUUUGCUAGAUCAUAUUCUUUCUAG